CUAGAAAUGUUAUUAUGCCGCUCCAAACACUUCCGCUUUUUCAUAUUAAAUGCGUUGGUCCUUGCACUGACCUUAAUUAUACUAAUCGAGUCCAAAAAGGAACAUGCAUGGCACUGCAUGGCUGAGAAAUGCUGCUCUAUCGAUUUUAGUAAAAUGAUGAAAUCUAUCGACUAUGUGCUUUAUGUCUGUGGGAUAAAGAAGGGCAAGGACUUACAUUACAAGCUUUACUUUGACAGUGGUAGCAAAAUGGAUCUCAUCGCCUAUGAGCCUAUAAAGCAGCUUGAUGAGACGGAAUAUUGUGCUGCUGUAUGUGCUGUUGCUGAUAUUUGCUUUAAGAGCACAACAUUCAAAGUAACUCCUGAUAAUAACGGUACGGCUGAAUGGUGUUUCGAUGGCAGUGUUAUAGUGGAGAAUGAAACCGUUUUUUAUGAAGAAAAUGUGUGCAUAAAAUUUUAUAAUUCAACAGUGGAAUUUCCGCCAUAUUUAGAAGAUUAUAUGAAGGCACAUAAACUUUGGUAGAAUGCGACAAUGUAAUGAAUAAAGUUUUAGAAAUAUUAAUCUUUGAGGAAAAUCCACAAUUUUUUGGCGAAAUGAAGAGGUUAUAAUCAAACAGGGUUGUAUGAUACUUAAGAAUGCUUCGAUCAUUUUCAAACUCUGAUUUGUGAAUUUCUCAAGGUGGUUGUAA